AUGCGGACUGCAUUGCGGGCCAAAAAGAAAUAUGAUUUUAUUGAUGAAUCUAUUAAGCAACCAGCAGAUGACUCACUGGAACUCGAAGAUUGGUGGAUGGUUAACUCUAUGCUGGUUUCUUGGGUGUUUAACACCAUUGAACCGACGCUUCACUCGACCAUCUCUCACAUAGAGAACCAACUGAGAUCGGAUCUGGUGAAUUGUAGGCAGGAAGGUCAAUCGAUCGUGUCCUAUUUCGGAAGACUCAAAACGUUAUGGGAUAAAAUAAACAACUAUGAUCAGAUACCAGUGUGUAUUUGUGCAGGCUACAGAUGCAAUCUUACCAUUGAAUUGGAAAGAAAGCCUGAAGAAGAUAGACUUCAUCAGUUUUUGAUGGGCUUGGAUGAAGAAGGAUACAGAACAGUGCGCUCUAAUAUUUUGAGCACUGAACCCUUGCCCAAUUUGAAUCGUGCCUAUGCUAUGGUUGUUCAGCAAGAGCGGGUGCGAACUAUGACACAAACCAAGGAAGAAAGAGGUAAUAGACCACGUGGAACUUCUGCUGGACGAGGAGGUGGUCAAAAGUGUGGCAAUGGAGCAGGACGUAGCAAGGGAGGAGUUGCUUGUGCCAAUUCCACACAAGCAACUGGAGUUGAUGGUGGGCAUGGAAUUGUGACAGAUUCAGAUCGAAAGAGUCUUAGUGGAUUAAAUGAAGAGCAGUGGGCUGCUUUGCUGGGUAUGUUGAAUUCUUGUCAAAAUGGUGGCAAUAAGAGGCUGACAGUCAGGUUACCUAAUGGAGAAAAGACCUUGGCGGUGAAAGAAGAAGCUAUGUUGCUUGGUGGAGACUUGAAAUUGCAACGAGACCUAGAUUCAAGGAACUUGAUUGGAGCAAGUGAGCAAUGCAAGGGGCUAUACUUUCUCAAGGAAGUGACAUUGGUACAUGCUUGCAAGACUUCCUGUGUUGGAACACCUCAACAAAAUGGCCGAGUGGAAAGAAAAAAUUGCCAUAUUCUUAAUGUGGCAAGAGCCUUGCAUUUCCAAGCAAAUUUACCCAUAGAAUUUUGGGGAGAAUGUGUACUUACAGCUGGGUAUUUGAUUAAUAGGACUCCAUCUAUGUUAUUAAAUGGUAAAACCCCAUAUGAGAUGCUCUUUGGGAAAGUACCUUCUUACAAACACGUUCAAGUUUUCGGUUGUUUAUGCUAUGCGCAUAAUCUGAAUCGGGAUAAAGAUAAAUUUGGUAGUAGAAGUCGUAGGUGUGUUUUUGUUGGGUAUCCAUUUGAAAAGAAGGGAUGGAGAUUGUAUGAUUUAGAAACUAAAGAAUACUUUGUAUCAAGAGACGUGGUAUUCGCUGAAACAAAAUUUCCAUAUGCAAAUGAGAAAACAAUGGGUGAUGAACUCAUUAAAAAUGGAGUUGAGGAGUUGGGUGAUGAAGUUGAUGGUUUAGAGAACAACUUGGGAAAGGAGCAUGAUGAAAGUGUGGGUAGAGAAAGUGAGGUGAAUCCUGAAACGGAAGAAUUGAUCCAUGAAAACAGUGAGAGAGUGGAUAGAGGUGAAGUUGUUGAAGAGCAACUAGGUAGGGGACAAAGGGCCAAGCAACCUAGUGUUUGUUUGAAGGAUUAUGUGACAAACGCCAUCAAAAUAAGCCCUCGGUAUGCUCACCUUCCCAAUCUGAUUCCUCAGGACAUGAACCAAGCUCUUAUACAGAAGCAGUUAAGGAUGAACGGUGGAGAGCGGCUAUGA